CACAAAAUUCUGAACUUGCGUUUCCGAACUCUGAAACCUAGCAGAAAAUUCAUGGUUGCUGUGGAUUAGUUAAUUAAAAUAUUUUUUUUAACAAUUGUUGAACGUUAUUAUUUACAAGCUAGCUAGCUGUGUUCUAAAUAAAAUAUCUGUGACGAUCAACAUAAAUACCAUAUCAUUUAAAUGCCGACUUACGAAUUGUGUUUGCUGUUCAAAGUUUUGCCGAGGACUGAAUUAGCAAGCUGUUUGAAACGAACAGCUAGUAAAAUAUUUGAAACUGGUGGUUUUAUACGUAGAAUUGAUAACUUAGGUACUUCAAAGACACCUUGGAAAAUGAGUUCUCAUGAUUCUAUUAAUAAAGAAGCUAGCUACUUUAUUGUUGAAUUUGAUGCCCCUAAUUCUGCCUUAAAAUCGUUCAAUAAUUAUUUGUCUAGAGAUAUAGAUAUUAUAAAGCGUACUAUAUUUCGUGUAACAGAAAAUACUUCUCAAUCACCUUGCACACUUCAUGAAGAACUUAAACCUCCAGCUUAUCGAUCUGAAGUGCAAGAAAUGAUUGCUAUUGGUAAACGAAAACGUGAAAAAGAAGCAAAGAAGAAAGUACAAUUUAAUACUGGUUUAGAUUUCAUGCCCUUCCAAAGAUAAAAAUUAAAUAUAAAUUUUUGUUUAAGUUUUGUAAAUAAUAUUCAGUCAUGUUUUAGUUAUGUUUUUACUUGAAAUAGAAAACAAUUCAUUUUUUAAA